AGACCGUAUUUCUGUUUACGACGGAUGUGACGACGGAUGUGACGAUCAUGAGAAAGUUGCCUUGUGAUAGUCACGUGACAAAAUAGUUGCGGGAAAACCAAAACACUACGAAACAGGAAGAUCUACUGGUAGGAAAUGUAACAGCAACGAUCCCGACUUAUCUUGAAGUUCAGUCAGCUGUACGUCCUAUUCAAGUGAAUACAAUGAAAACUCCUAAAGUUGAAGACGUCAAACGAGGUAUAUCUGUCCUUUGGGAGACUCUGCGGUGUCCAAUAUGUUUGGAUUUGAUGAACAAUCCUGUGUCUACAAAGUGUGACCAUCAGUUUUGCAAGUUUUGUAUGACAAAGCUGUUGGACUGUACAAAGAGAAAGGAAGCCAAUUGUCCGAUUUGCCAGACCAAGAUCUCUAAAAGGAGUUUACAGGAGAGUCCUGGUUUUCAGAGACUAGUCGAGGGAUUGCAGAAUAUGAUUCAGGCCUUUGAACAUGACAGCAGCACAAACUACUUCACUGGGAUGUGUCAGCAAAGAAGACAAACAGGUGUCAUAGGGGUUGAGUCAAAGACCUGCAAUGGUGACAAAGUGUCAUCAAUUGACACGUCUAACACUGAUCUUACUGGGGAGAAAGAUAGAGAACAAAAUGAUCUGCCAACAUCCUUAACCUCAACUCUAGCAGCCAAGGAUGGCUUUGCAAACCUUAUGGGUCUUGAGGAUUCCUGCCCGUUCGUCUCGGACAAUGAGGGGUUUGACAGUAGACCUGGUGAGGCUCCCACAACAACCGAAAAAGAAAUAGACUUUAAAGCGUGUAGCUCACACACUGAGGGGCAAGAACCAGCAAGGGACACAGACGUAUCUCAUAUUGUGGAACAAUCCACAUCCAGAAGUCGAGGGAGUAAGAGAAUCACUGAGUCUGCAAAUCCUUCUUGCCAGCUGGUUUUAAUUCCUGAAGUCGGAGAAAACCAGAACGUACGGAGAUCUUUAAGAAACCGCAAAAAAGAGACAUCGACCCCUGAAAAAAUUAUUGAUUUGAGACAGAAGAAAAGUCUUGAGAAAGUCUCAGAAUGGCUCAUGAAAAACUCCCCACUUGAAGAAAACUCAGAGGUUGAAAAUGUCACUUGUGCUUCCGAGGACUCUGCCUCAGUAGCAGGAGAUUUUUCCGCGACAACAAUCUUUCCAGGCAACCUUGAAAUGAUGGAAGGGGGUCUUAAGAGGGAGGAGCGUAUGAAGGGCCUUGAAGAGCAGGUAUUUGGGGCAGUUUACAGACGGGAGCGAAGGGGAGUCUUGGGCUUCUCUCCUCAGAACAGAGGGGUUAGACACACACCAGCCUCUCAACUUGGUGUGGAAGCCCAAACUUCAAACACAGUCCCCAAAAGGCAAAUGAGCAGGAAUCUAAAACCCACUGAUAUUGUCAAAAGACUUCUCUCUGAGGAGAAACACGAAGGUGUUUUUAAUGAUCAACCAGAAGAAAAAGAAAAACCUGACAUUUUUAAAGAAAGUGAGAAGCCUCACAGAAAGUCAAUUGACCUCAAUCAGGAACUGGGUUCCAGCAGCACUGACAGACUUGGAAACAGCUUAACAGAGUUGCCAGUAGAGAUCAACAAUGAGGUUGAAGGUCAACACGAACACGUUCCUGUGUUUGAUGUUUUGCGACAGCAUGGAAAGAGGAUCUCAAGGAGAAAGAUGUCUGAUACCUGGCAGAAUGUUGAUGGUGAUUUGCAAGCGCAAGCCAAGACAAAGUUGGAAAUGAGUGAGAAAAAGAAAAUGGCCAAGAAGAAAUAUGAGGCAGAUACGGACAAGUCAGUCAAAAUCCCCAAACCCCUAGUGCUAGUUGGUGUUGGGGAGAAUGAUUGCAAUCCGAUUGAGAUCCCCAAGCCUGGACCAAGAGUAGCAGAAACAGCUGUUCACAUUGAGAAUUACCCUAGCAGUGAAGAGAUUGGAAGUCCAAACAUGAGGCAAACCAGAAGGAGCAAGAGGCUUCAACACUUCACAGAGGAAGUCCAAGGCAGUCACAAGAAACCUUGCACUGGAAAAAACAUGAUCCGUCAUGUCGAUAUAGGUGCAGCUGACACUGAACAUGCGUUAUCUUCACAGUCCAUCAAGAGGAAUGGAUGUGUGUUUGAUGAGGACAUGGGUGGAAUUGAAAACAUGGAUUCUAAGUAUACUGAAAUGACAAUGGAAAAAACAAACACUGUUGAGCAUAUAACUUUUUCAGGGAUUCCUUGUGAAGCUAAUGCUACUUGUUCAGAGGCUAUGGUACCUUGUUCAAGUUCACCUAAAACAAAUAUGCCAGGCCUCAAGGCUGUUGACCACAAUAAUUCAGUAAUAGAACAAUCAAAUGAAGAGGCAUCCGCAAGUGAGGCCAGAUGUGUUGAGAUGGAGAAGGAAGAGGAGGACAUAAAUGAUAGUGAACUGGACACCGAACAACUGGUAAAAAGCUUCAAAGCAAUCAAAAGAAAAUCGUUCCGCCUUGGUAGUCCAACGGUGAAAAAAAGUUAUCAGAAAUCAGACAUGGAUGAACAAAAUGGCACAAAAUCUAAAGAGAACAGCUUAGUAGGUAGUGGGUUAGAAGUAGACGUUCCCAAUACCAAGGAAUGCUCUGUAGUGCAAAAACAAUUGGGAGCAAGGAUAGAACUGGAAAAUUCAUUCUGCAGUGAUUUGAUCCCCCCUUCAAAUUCACCUCACCAUAUUCUACAAAAACCUACAUUGAGGAGGCAUAGAGGACUGACAAAGUGUAUAGAUAAUAGACCGUCUAUAGAAGUGGAGGAAUCAUCAAACCAAAGCGCCAAUGUGGUGACACAGGAAAAUAUACUGAGCCUACAUCCAGGAAAUACUGUUAGUAGUCUUCUCAGCACCAAUAAAGUUGCAAAGAGUCAACUGCCAAGUCCGCAUCUGGUAAAUUCUGGACCCCUGUUUCCAGUAUUCGGUGCCUCUGAGGAAGAUUCACCAGCCCAGACCCUUGGAUCCCCAAAGCAAUCUACUGAGAAUCAGGAGCAACAUCAGCUGCACUGUAGUUUGAAGAAAAGUCUGGAGAGAAGCCAGAAUCCCAAAUCAGAGACCACAGUAGAGCAGCAGAAAUGCCUAUACAAUACGAAUGGUAACAUGGCCAAUUCAGAGGCCUCCUUGACUCCAGACGGCCUAAUGCCGCAAAUCAGCCAAACUGUGGCCAGCCAAGCUGGAGAGAGCGGCAAAGGUAGUAGCGAGGCCAGUCUGCAUAUUCCAAUCAAGAGCAACCCCAAGCAGAGGAGGAGAAAAACUCAGAGACUUCAGUCUUCAGAAUCUGACUGCAGCAAUGAGGAAGAGCUACCUUCCCUAGCACAAAUAUUCAGACGCUCUCCUUAUUCACCUGAGGACCAGGCAUGUGCUAGUGUUGUAAAAGAAUGUUCUGGCUUGUCCAGUGGCCAAGUAAAGGACCAGAAAACCCCCACCAAGGCUGCCAGGGUUGAAGUAACCCAUGCUGCAGGCGGACUGGCAGAACUAGAUGACGUCCCUCCUGCCGGUGGAAGUUCUGAGUGGGUUAACUCAAGCCAAGCUUCGGAUGAUCUGUUUGGAACACCAGAUGAAUGUUCAGUUGCUGUAAGCGAUACUGGCUUGUCAAUGGAAUCGUCACAAUUUUCUAGUGAAAUUAUUGCCACACAACAAAGGAUUGCAAUGCAGGAGGAGUUGAAGAGGCUGGAGAAGAUGAUGGCUCUUGUUUCUGAAGCCCUCCAAGAGAAGGAGACUGGUCCAAAUCCCCAACUACAACCCCAAACUGACAGCCUAGCAGGCCCAAACCUCCAUAUGAACCUGCCUUGUGGCAAGGAGAUUUGUUCCAGGGAAUGUGCCACAGACAGGGAGGAAGACACUGCCUCGAUGCCUCAUGGCUCUGGAGCCUCUGAAGGCCUGGGGCCCACUCAGCCUGGCCCCACCAAGUAUGAGGGGACCGGAGGGAUGGCAGGGCGGCGCUGCAGACAGUCACAGUCAGGCCGGAGUCUAAGAAGCAUUCAUGCAAAUGAGAUCCCCACUCCAGUGGGCCCAGGAGGGAAACCAGGAGAGCAGACGACAAACACAUCUAGCAUUUCACUAUCACAAAGUCGAGAGUCAAAGGAGAACCGUGAAGAUGCCCCCUCCAUGGAUACAAGCUCAACACACCGUCUCCAGAGCGACCAUGCCAGGGUCACGCUGGUACUCGUGCCAUCAGGGCUUGGCGUAAAUGAACAGACAAUGCUGAAGAAGUUUGCCAAGAGAAUUGGUGGUCGUGUGUGUUCACAGGUGACAGCUGAAACCACCCACGUUAUAAUGAACACAGAUGAACAACUGGUGUGUGAGCGCACGCUGAAAUACUUCCUGGGUAUUGCAGGAAGAAAGUGGGUGGUGAGCUUCCACUGGAUUUCUGAGUGCUUUAAACAAGAAAAACUCUUAUGUGAGGUGGUGCAACAGGCAGCCCACCUAGUCAGCACCAACCUGGUGAUGGUCAAGGCCAAACCAGAGAUGACGCCUUACGAGGUGCGAGGAGAUGUGGUUAAUGGCCACAAUCAUCAGGGGCCUACGAGAUCCCGAGUCACAGGGGACAGCCAUCUUCUUAUGAAAGACUAUGAAAUCUACCUCCAAGGGCCUUUCACUGAUAUGACCACAGGUCAAAUGGAGUGGAUGGUGGAACUAUGUGGAGCGAGAGUAGUGAAGGACCCCCUCCUUUUCACGGAUAAGUGGAAGUCCCAUCAAGUAGUUAUUGUACAGCCUGGUUCAGACUUAUCAGAAGCGAUGAGCUACAAAGCCCUCCAGAGAAAUGCUACCGUGGUGACCCGUGGUUGGCUACUUGAUACCGUGGCGACCUACACCAUCCAGAGCUUUGAAAACUACAAAACAUAAUCCUUAGCCUUCCCUCUAAGCUGUGGGCCUUGUACACCUUGCCAACUUUGUGUGACCUGGGAGACUUUCUACUUCCUCCCAGCCAGGUCUGUGGUCAGGCCUGAAUUUCUCCCCUGGACUAUGUCUUCUCGGACUUCAAAAUAAAGGCCAUCUCCUCACAUUAAAACGCCUCCUAUGGGUUCCAGUCACACCUUGUCUGUUAUUGAAGACGGACCCUUUGCGCUCUCUCUGCUCCCUCUAGCCUGUAUCCAGUUUCAUUUCUCUACCAACAUGCAUGUUCAAACCCCUCACUACUAAGCGCAAUUGCAGCACUUUAAUCUUUCUUAUUUACCCCCCCCCCUUUCUCUUAUUGACUUACCUUCUUGAAGUUACUUUUUAUAUUUGUAAUGUGAUUAAAAUGUGUGCUGUACCUAAGUAUUAGAAUUUCUGGAAAAAGUAUUCAGUGGUCUGAUUUCAUUCAGGAAACUGAUGACCCAAAGAAAGGUAUGUUUGCAUUAGUUAUGAUGCAGACAUGCAUGUGCACACUCACACACCAAUACAUUUAUGCAUGCUGUCUACACUAAGAAUUCAAUCAGAAGACACAGAGAACAAGUUUCUCCUUCUUACUUGUCUCAUAUAUUUAUGUAGUCUUGUGUAAUAUUCAUACGUGUAUUUUUGUCUGACACAGAUUUGUUUAAAGGACACAAUGAUGGAA